GGUUGCUAAGCAACUAACGUCAACAGCUCCGUUGAUAAAACGCCAAUGCUGCUCUAACUGUGAGGAUCUAAAAGAAACAGUUAUAUACAGACAUAUCCGUUCAUAUAAUGGAGGAGAAAGGACCAGUAGGAGAGGAGUCUUUUGAGUCCUUAGACGAGUUCCAGAUGGUCCUCAGUGAGCUGGUUGAGGACAAGAACAUGGACAAGAUUCGUGUGGAGUACGAGAAGCUCAUCCUUGCACUGAAGAAGUCACGAGAGAAUGAAAAGAGGCUGAUGUCUAAAUGCAGGGAACUGAAUGCAGAAAUUGUGUCUACCUCAACGAAAGUGGCAGCUGCCCUGAAACUGUCCCAAGAGGAUGAGACAACAAUAACUUCACUAAAGAGGGAGCUGGAUAAAGCUUGGAAAAUGGUUGAUGCUGCUCAUGAUAAAGAGAAGAAGGACAAAGAGACCAUCAGGAAUUUAAAAGAAGAUAUUUCCGACCUAACAAAAAUGGCUGAACAACAAGCGGCCUUCUCCAAGGACCAAGGACAGAGUGAUCUACUAAAAAUGAAUGAGGAGUUGACAAAGGAGAGGGAUCAGCUGCUGUCAACAGCGGAGGGUCUGAGAGAAAAAUUAAACAAGGCCAACACAACACAGCAAGAGAUAGAGGCCCAAAGAGAGAGUGCCUUGGAAAAUAUUUCUCAGCUCCAGCAGGAGCUUCAGGUACAACAGAAUGAGAUUUCCCGAGAGAUGAGGCUGAAGGAAAAACUUGACAAGGAGGUAAAGCAGCUGCACAUCGACAUGGAGGCCAGGAUGGGUGAUAUCAAAGUUCUGAAUCUGCAGGGCCAAAAGGCCAAAGAAGAGCAGCAGAGACUGGAGCAGCAGCUUAAAGAGCUAAAGAUCUCGAAUGAGCGAUCCACAAAGGAGCUGGAGCAGAUGCAGGUGAAGAACUCCAAGCUGCAGCAAGAAUGUGAGCAGCUCUCGACUGCCAAAGAACACCUCUCCCUGGAAAAUCAACAGAAUACAAAUGAGCUUAAGAUGAGAGAAGAGGAGGUGAGUCAGAUGCGUCAGGAGGUUGCCCAACAAAUAAAGAUGAGAGAAGUCAUCCAGAAAAAGUUCCACCAGAUGGAGGACCAAAAGGCUGAUGUGGAUGUGCACAGGGAGACACUGAAAGCUCAGAUAACUGCUGUGGAGAAAGAUCUAGAAUCUUCCCAAAAGCAGGUGGAAGCCGACAAGAAAGCCAUAGAUGAGCUGAUCCGAGAGAGAGACAUCUUAAAUAAGAACAUGAUCAAAGCCUUACAGUCAACUGAGAAACAGCAGAACUUCGUAAAGCUCCUGGAGCAAGACAAAAAGACCUUGGAGCAUGAGAUCAGUGGUUAUCGUCAGGAGGCCCAAAAGCAGCGCAAGAUCAUUCACCAGCUGGAAAAGGAGCGUGACCGCUACAUCAAUGAGACCAGCAGCCUCAUGCAGAAGGUGCAACAAAAAGUGAAUGAUGUUGAAGUUAGAGAAAUGGAGAUAUUUGACUGGAGGAAGAAAGUCGCUGAGGCAGAGUGUACGCUCAAACAGCAAGAGAACCUGCUUGAGUCUGUUGUGUCUGAAAGGAAUCUCUACAGCAAAAACCUCAUCGAGGCUCAGGAAGAGACUGCAGAAAUUAAGAGGAAGAUGAAGACCAUGAACAACCAGGUCACUCGACUGAGAGAUGAGAUCAGUGCGAAAGAGCUGGCCCUUGCCAAGGAUCAGCAGGAGCACAAACACUUGGAGAAAGAUAGCGAAGCCCUCAAGGUGGAGCUGCAGUCGCUCAAACAGCAGCUAGAAGAAACAAAGCAGCGCGUCGACAGUCAGAGAACAGAACAACAAAAACUACAGAAGAUAAUAGCUGAUGCUGAUGCUGAGCAGAUUCAACAGAAGAAACAACUGGAACAGGUGAUCAGUGAGCGGGACAACCUGUGCAAACAGCUGCUACAUCGCAACGAUGAGCGAGCGUUGCUGUACGAGAAGAUCAGGAUCCAACAAUCAAUCCUGAGCAAAGGAGAUUUCCACUACAACCAGAGGAUGGAAGACAUUCGCCUGCUCAAGCUGGAGAUCAAGAGGCUCAGACGCAAGAAGAGCAUCCUGGACAAGACUUUACCCAACACAGAGGGCCUGAGGCAACAGCUUUUCCACCUGCAAAGGCAGCUGCUUAAAGAGAGAGCGAGGAACAGCGUUCUUGAGGAACAGCUGAAGCCAAUAAAUAUUCACAGAUGGAGGCGACUUGAGGGCAGCGACCCUGGCAAAUACGAGCUCAUCCAGAAGAUUCAGUCCUUACAGAAGCGAUUAAUCACCAAAACCCAAGAGCUUGAGGAACGUGAACUCUUAUUACAGGAAAAGGAGAAACUGUACGUGGAGCUGAAGCACAUUCUGGCCCGACAGCCUGGUCCAGAAGCAGCUGAGCAGCUCCAGCAGUGCCAGUGGACUAUCAGAGACAGAACUAAAAAGCUUAAGGCACUGAUAGCAGAGCUGAGGAUGCUUGACUCAAAGAUGAAUGAGUGCAAAAGUGAGAAUCAAAGAUUGGCCAAUGAGCUAGCAAACAUUAAGAAGAAGUACCUCAGUCAGAAAAAGCUCCACAGUGAGCAGAGAACCAAGACUAAAGCAGAACAGCUGGAAGUCCUGCCCCAGCUGAGCAGCAAACCUCACUUCACUGGAGGAGGCUUCAGGAUUGACAACCCUCUGAGGAGAUAAUGACCUUUUUAAAGAGAAGACCUUUAAUCCAUCCGUCUGACACCAGUUGCUUUAUUUUUUGUUUAUUUUUAUUUUUUUAAUUGCUGUUCUACUCAAUGUCACCUUAUCAAAAAGACACAGGUUGCCCAAUACUUUGUACUCUACAAUCAGGCAAUGAUGACCCCUCUAAAACAAUGUAGAUACAUCGAGGGCUUGUAAGGCUGGAAGGGCUACAGUUAGGCAGUACUGCUGCAUCAUUCAGCACACUGCUGAAAACAAAUUGGUUAAUUUACAACAAGAUCAAGAUGAAAAUUCACAUCAUGUUAAUUCACAGGUAAUUCUGUUUAAAAAAUGCAGUAUACUGUCUUCAAGAUUCAAGUCAGAUGGAUCAAACUGAUCCAAUCUGAUGUCUUUCACAUGGUAUGUACAGAUAGCCUAACCGCACUAGACCCAUGUUCUGAAGGCACAAGGGUCUAGGACCGCUCGACAGGGAGGGAGGCGGGCUAAAAGGUUGUCUUUCAAAUCACUCUGCAGCAAUUGGGUAGGUAUACAACCAAUCAGCGCAACGAAUAGGCUGACGUAGUUCCUAGAGCACCGCCGGAUUGUGGCAAAGUCCCAUUAGCUUCCCAACCAGCGGAGCCAACUGGUAUAUUAAGGAUUUGCCAUAUCCCGUCGGCAUAAGUCCAAAUACGUCUUUCUUCUCAAUGAAACACUUCAGUGCCGUCCUUUGUUUAUCUUUCAAGUUGAAUUUUAGCUUCAGAUCUUUAAGGGCUGUGGCCAAAGCCGAGUUGAAAGAUAACUGUUUAUUGUGCGCCGGUUGUUUCUGUCAGAAUCGUCGCGCCUCUGUCGUCACUUAGUUACGCCGGCCUUCUGACUCUACACUUCUGUUACGAUAUACGAGGGAGAGCUCAGGUGCAGGGAAUGAACAGACUUCACGUGAAUGCAACACCAACUUUAUUCACAAACUAAAUUGAAGAGCGUACAGAUCGGGCAAUGAAUAAAACGGAAAGUAAAGCGAAAACCAACGGCUUGAAAAACUAUAGCGUUUAUAAAAUAACAAAACUUGGAACCUCUGCAAUUCUCCGCGGCACGGUUGCCGCACUUAGCCUCCAGCAGACAAAUUAGACACAGCUGUUUCCUACUGAGCAAUACUACUAGUCACUUUAAUUCUACGGCGGUCUCUAGCAGACCAAACUAACAAACGGCUGCUCUUACGUGAGCAAUGCUACGGUUCUCUACGGUUACGGUCUCAACCAACAAUACUACGAUUACGACAAUACUAGUCUUUGCGGGGGAUGCUCGGGAUGGGUCACAGCUGAACUGGAAACCGGUGAAAACGGCGUGCCGGGUGGAAGAUGGCGCAAUGACUGCCAGGUGGGUGGUCGCCAGACCAGAUAGUCCAAUCCUGAAACGAACGGAGGACAGCAGCGGUUAGUGGAUGACAGGACUCAAACAGAAUCUAAGAACAUAGGCAGUGAACCCUACGAGCACUGAUUACGAUCCAGCAAAGGAGGGUGGGUGGUGUCUCCCUUUAUGCAGCCACGGUUGCAGGUGUGCCACCUGUCGCGGAUCCUGCUGAUGAAUGAGAUGGUGAUCACCUGUCACCCAGCCACAGGAAACGCCUAAAAAGGGCAUGAGGGAAGGGCACUAUCCAGACCUGGCAACAGCCACCCUGACAACUUCAUGGUGAUUGGUCCGGCCAGUUUUAGGAGAAUCCAGCCUCGAGCCUUAUGGAGGGUAACUAGACCCACCCUGGCAGAGAAUUAAAUUCGUUGCCGUGGGUUGUCUAGCACGGCUAGGCUAAUGUACAGAUGUAUGAAGAAAUGUUUCCCAGCUCAUCACUUCUCUCUACCCUGAUGAAGAUCUCUAAAGUGAAAUGAACAGACCAUAAUGCUGUUUGAGUAAGGCCCACAAUAAACACGGUUUUAAUCCUUCAGUUCUCCAAUGUGUUGAGGUUUCCAUGGUCACAGGAGCAGCAAGGAUCUGUUGAGGUCGCACUGCUUCUUUGUUACAACAACUAUGUAUCACAGACAACAAGUCGUUCAGUCAUUCAAUUAUGCAUUUGAACUUUUAAAGACAAAAAAAAUCUGAAUAACAUUACCAUAACAUUUGGUUAUAAAUAUGAGAUGUGAUAUAGCACCCUCUGUCUGUUGAAAUGAUGUCCCCGUAAUCACCACUGGAUGUCAGGAAAUACAGACAAGCACACUGAAUCUACUAGCAUUCCUUUGAAAAACACAGAUGUAAAUAUUCAAAUAUUUCUUUGGUGAAAACAAAAGCAUUACUCACCCAUGUUUCCACAUUGUGCAUAUCAAACGCAGGACUUGGGGGAAAUGCAGAAUGUGUUAGUCAUAAUUCUGCUCAUCUCACAUGUGUGACAGAUCACAUUUUUAGUACAUAAACCGCCUCUGUAAGUUAUAUGCAACAUCAGAAUGUGCUGAACCUGGAGCCGACCAGCUGCUCGUAUUAAUCAAACAGCCCACUUCCCUUUAUGACACCAAGCAAAUAGUCAUAAAUGCUCUUAUCGGCCUUUCUAAUAGUGUGGACGUUACAAUCAGAUUCAUGGUGGCGUAAACUAUUACAUUUCAUCUUUAUCACAUCCAGCGAUCACUUCUUUUUCACGGGCCUCGUUUACAACGGCCGGACAGCUUGUUGCAUAAUGAAAUUCAAAGCACUCUAUCGACCAGGGAGAUCUCACACUCCGUUUACUUAUAUUUAUAUAUAUUUUGUUUGUCCACUACAGGCGAACAGGCAUGAUGAUAGAGGGAACAUUUUAUUCCGUUUUUUUCUCAACGUGACAAAUAAAGGCUCUUUUCUUUAAAGUGCAAUCUGCAGAUGGCAAGAAUGUGUUCAUUUCUUUGCAAAAUAAGGUGUUAACACCUGCAAAGUCACAUGUUUUGUUACAGCCACAGCUUAGGCUGUGAGCUGUGGCAGGGCUCUCCUCCCUCGGCCUUGCUCUCUCUCUCUUUGCAGGUGUGUGCUGUGCUGAUGAGGUGUCCAGGUGUGUGUCAUCUGUCAUCAGCAGAUCAUGUGCAGGUGGAGGCCAGCUAAUCAGGUCCUGGCUGCUUGCAGCUUUAAUUAUCUUAUGCAUUUUGUAUCUUUUGUUGUUUUAUGUUGUAUAAUUGUUGUUCUGUGAUUGCUUUAUGUGUACAUGCCCAUGAAUGUAUUUAAUUUUGGUGUAUUUGUUAAUGUUGCACUGUCCCUGUAAAACUUAAUAAAAUAACUAAACAUAAA